GCUGUCACAAAAAUGGCUUCUCUUGACAGGGUAAAAGUAUUAGUUUUAGGAGAUUCCGGGGUUGGUAAAUCCUCCUUGGUCCAUCUGCUUUGUCAGAAUCAGGUGUUAGGAAAUCCAUCGUGGACUGUUGGUUGCUCUGUGGAUGUACGGGUCCAAGACUAUAAGGAGGGAACCCCGGAGGAGAAAACCUACUACAUUGAACUCUGGGAUGUUGGAGGAUCUGUUGGCAGUGCCAGCAGUAUCAAAAGCACCAGGGCUGUCUUCUACAACUCAGUUAAUGGAAUUAUGUUGGUACACGAUUUAACAAAUAAGAAGUCCUCUCAGAAUCUGUACCGCUGGUCACUAGAAGCUUUAAACAAGGAUUCUUCUCCAACAGGAGUUAUUGUCUCAAACGGUGACUAUGAGAGAGAGCAGUUUGCUGAGAACCCAGUGCCUUUGCUGCUAAUUGGUACAAAGUUUGACCAGAUCCCAGAGAACAAACGCAAUGAAGUUCUCACUCGGACAGCCUUCCUGUCUGAAGAUUUCAAUGCAGAGGAGAUCAAUCUCGACUGCACAAACCCGAGAUACCUUGCUGCAGGCACAUCCAAUGCAGUGAAGCUUAGCAGGUUCUUUGACAAGGUAAUAGAGAAAAGAUAUUUCACAAGAGAUCCCAGUCAGAUGACAGGUUUCACAGACAGAAAACGGUUCAACUUCAAGAGUUUGCACUACGACUGACGAGCUGUGAACACGACAGCAGUGGUCUGUGGUU